CCUCCUAGUCGCGGUCCACCGUACUUCCUAUCCUUAGGAAACGCGGGCGUGACAUCCUGCUCUUAUAUCAUUUACCGAUGGGCACUAUCUUGGAGCAACAUUAGACAGAAAUGGGUUACGUCCUGGUAGAUUUUAUGUUACACACAGUGGCAGAGUUAUCAUGGCAAGUGAAGUAGGCGUCGUUGACAUCCCCCCAGAAGAUGUAGCAAGAAAAGGAAGACUUAACCCUGGUAUGAUGCUUCUUGUUGAUUUUGAGAAGCAUGUUGUGGUUGAUGAUGAAGCCUUGAAGCAACAAUACUCACUCGCAAGACCUUACGGUGAGUGGCUAAAGAGGCAAAAGCUGCAAUUGAAGGACAUAGUUGAAUCUGUUCCGGAAUCAGACCGAACUCCUCCCACGAUAGCUGGUGUUUUACCGGCAUCUUCUGAUGAUGAAGAUAUGGAAAACAUGGGAAUGCAUGGGAUUUUGUCACCAUUGAAGGCGUUUGGUUACACUGUGGAAUCUCUGGAAAUGCUUUUACUGCCAAUGGCAAAAGAUGGCAUUGAGGCCCUCGGUUCAAUGGGGAAUGAUGCUCCAUUGGCUGUGAUGUCUAACAGGGAGAAACUUACGUUCGAGUACUUCAAGCAGAUGUUUGCUCAGGUCACUAACCCUCCAAUAGAUCCUAUUCGGGAGAAGAUUGUUACCUCCACGGAAUGCAUGAUUGGUCCAGAAGGCGAUCUGACAGAGACCACAGAAGAACAAUGCCAUCGCCUGUCACUGAAAGGACCUCUCCUAACCAUUGAUGAAAUGGAAGCUAUGAAAAAGAUGAACUACCGGGGCUGGAAAAGUAAAGUUCUUGACAUUACCCACUCCAAGGAUUGUGGUAGGAAGGGCUUGGAGGAGACCCUAGACAGGAUAUGUAUUGAAGCACAUGAUGCAAUCAAGGAAGGAUAUACGACUCUGGUGCUUUCUGAUCGAGCUUUCUCACCAAAGCGUGUCGCGGUUAGCUCCCUCUUGGCUGUUGGUGCCGUACAUCAUCAUUUAGUGAAGAAGCUUGAACGAACUCGUGUUGCAUUGAUUAUUGAAUCUGCGGAGCCCCGAGAAGUGCAUCAUUUUUGUACACUUGUAGGAUUUGGUGCAGAUGCAAUCUGUCCUUACUUGGCUGUUGAAGCCAUUUGGAGAUUGCAAGUUGAUGGGAAAAUUCCACCCAAGCCAACUGGUGAAUUCCACUCAAAGGAUGAGCUUGUCAAGGAAUAUUAUAAGGCAAGCAACUAUGGCAUGAUGAAGGUUCUAGCCAAGAUGGGUAUUUCAACUCUUGCAUCAUAUAAGGGUGCUCAGAUAUUUGAGGCCGUUGGCCUGUCAUCGGAGGUGAUGGAACGUUGUUUUAUAGGAACUCCAAGCAGAGUGGAGGGUGCAACUUUUGAAGCUCUCGCACUUGAUGCACUUCUGUUGCAUGAGCUGGCUUUCCCAACACGUGCCUUACCACCUGGUAGUGCUGAGGCCGUAGCACUUCCUAAUCCAGGAGAUUAUCACUGGAGAAAAGGUGGUGAGAUCCACUUAAAUGAUCCCCUUGCCAUUUCAAAGUUACAAGAGGCUACUAGAUCAAACAGUGUAGCUGCCUAUAAAGAGUACUCUAACCGUGUUCAGGAACUGAAUAAGUCAUGUAAUUUGAGAGGGCUUCUGAAAUUUAAAGAAGCUGAGGUAAAGGUUCCUCUUGAAGAAGUUGAACCUGCUAGCGAGAUUGUAAAACGUUUCUGUACUGGAGCGAUGAGCUAUGGUUCUAUCUCAUUGGAGGCUCACACAACACUUGCUGAAGCAAUGAACCAGAUUGGGGGAAAGUCGAACACUGGUGAGGGAGGUGAAGAACCAUCUCGUAUGGAGCCUCUUGCAGAUGGUUCACGAAAUCCAAAGAGGAGUUCCAUAAAACAGGUUGCCAGUGGAAGGUUUGGAGUUUCCAGCUAUUAUCUUACAAAUGCGGAUGAAUUACAAAUAAAAAUGGCUCAGGGAGCAAAACCUGGUGAAGGAGGUGAACUUCCAGGGCACAAGGUAAUUGGUGACAUUGCUGUAACUAGGAAUUCUACAGCUGGUGUGGGCCUUAUCAGUCCUCCUCCCCAUCAUGACAUUUAUUCCAUUGAAGAUCUAGCACAAUUGAUUCAUGACCUCAAGAAUGCAAAUCCUGAUGCCCGUAUUAGUGUGAAGUUGGUUUCUGAAGCUGGUGUGGGAGUGAUUGCCAGUGGGGUCGUUAAGGGUCAUGCUGAUCAUGUUUUGAUCUCUGGUCAUGACGGCGGUACCGGGGCUUCAAGAUGGACAGGCAUCAAAAGUGCUGGUGUUCCUUGGGAACUUGGUCUAGCAGAGACACAUCAAACCUUAGUGGCGAAUGAUCUUCGUGGUCGAACUGUUCUUCAGACUGAUGGCCAACUGAAGACUGGACGAGAUGUAGCUGUUGCUGCGCUUCUUGGUGCAGAGGAGUUUGGUUUCAGCACUGCUCCCCUCAUAACGCUGGGUUGCAUCAUGAUGCGGAAAUGUCACAAAAACACAUGCCCUGUUGGUAUUGCAACUCAAGAUCCAGUUCUUAGGGAGAAGUUUACCGGUGAACCUGAACAUGUCAUCAACUUCUUCUUUAUGCUGGCAGAGGAAUUAAGGGAGAUUAUGUCUCAGCUUGGUUUUCGAACACUCAAUGAAAUGGUUGGUCGUGCAGACAUGCUUGAACUGGAUAAAGACGUGGCAAAAAACAAUGAGAAGCUUAAGAACAUUGAUCUGUCCCUUCUACUUCGCCCAGCUGCUGACAUCAGACCAGAUGCUGCGCAGUAUUGUGUGCAGAAACAGGACCAUGGGCUGGACAUGGCUUUAGAUAAAAAACUAAUAGCUUUAGCUAAACCUGCCUUGGAUAAAAGUAUUUCUGUAUACAUUGAAUCUCCUAUAUGCAAUGUAAACCGAGCAGUUGGAACCAUGCUAAGCCAUGAAGUGACGAAGCGCUAUCGAAUGGCGGGACUUCCUUCAGAUACAAUUCAUAUCAAACUUAAUGGAAGUGCAGGUCAGAGUCUUGGAGCUUUUCUAUGUCCUGGCAUUACAUUGGAGCUUGAAGGGGAUAGCAAUGAUUAUGUAGGGAAGGGCCUGUCAGGAGGUAGAAUUAUUGUAUACCCCCCUAAAGGUAGCAACUUCGAUCCGAAGGAAAAUAUUGUCAUUGGCAACGUAGCUCUUUAUGGGGGCACAAAUGGGGAGGCUUAUUUUAACGGAAUGGCAGCAGAAAGAUUUGCUGUUCGUAAUUCUGGUGUUAAAGCUGUAGUUGAAGGUGUAGGUGAUCAUGGAUGUGAGUACAUGACUGGGGGCACUGUUGUAGUGCUGGGAAAGACUGGUAGAAAUUUUGCUGCUGGCAUGAGUGGGGGCAUUGCUUAUGUUCUUGAUGUUGAUUCAACUUUCAGUUCUCGGUGCAAUCAAGAGUUGGUAGAUCUUGAUCCAGUGGAAGAUAAAGAUGAUAUUUUGAUGCUCAGAAUGAUGAUACAACAGCAUCAGCGCCACACAAACAGCCAAUUAGCUAGGGAUGUCCUUUCAGAUUUUGACUCUCUUCUUAAGAAGUUUGUCAAGGUCUUCCCUCGUGACUAUAAACGCAUUCUAGCAAAUAAGAAAGUGGAUGAAAUUUCAGAGAAGACAGCUGAAGUUGCAGCCAAAGAGGCUGAGGCAGAAGAAGAAGCAGAGUUGAAGGAUAAGGAUGCUUUUGAAGAGCUUAAGAAGAUGUCAGCAGUAUCUAUCAACGAAACUCCCCAGGUUGAGGAACAAGAACCAGAAAAGAGGCCAACUAGGGUUCCUGAUGCUGUCAAACAUCGUGGUUUUGUUGCUUAUGAGAGGGAGGGCGUUUCGUACAGGGACCCGACUGUUAGGAUGAAUGACUGGAAUGAAGUUAUGGAGGAAUCAAAGCCAGGACCAUUGUUGAAAACACAAUCGGCUCGCUGUAUGGACUGCGGUACUCCUUUUUGUCAUCAGGAGAAUUCUGGAUGCCCUCUUGGAAAUAAGAUACCAGAAUUCAAUGAGUUGGUUUACCAGAACAGAUGGCGAGAAGCAUUGGAUAGGCUUUUGGAAACUAACAACUUCCCAGAGUUCACAGGUCGUGUAUGCCCUGCUCCUUGUGAAGGAUCUUGUGUACUUGGUAUCAUAGAAAAUCCUGUGUCUAUCAAAUCAAUUGAGUGCUCUAUCAUUGAUAAAGCUUUUGAGGAGGGGUGGAUGGUUCCCCAGCCUCCUCAGACAAGAACAGGAAAAAGUGUUGCGAUUAUUGGAAGUGGGCCUGCUGGUUUGGCUGCUGCUGAUCAGUUAAAUAAAAAAGGACACUCUGUGACAGUUUUUGAGCGUGCUGACAGAAUUGGUGGAUUAAUGAUGUAUGGUGUGCCGAACAUGAAGACCGACAAAAUUGAUGUAGUUCAGAGGCGGGUUGAUCUCAUGGAAAAGGAAGGAGUGAAAUUUGUAGUUAAUGCUAAUGUAGGAAAAGAUCCACUAUACUCUAUAGAUCAGCUUCGUGAAGUGCAUGACGCAAUUGUGUUGGCUGUGGGAGCCACAAAACCAAGGGACCUUCCUGUUCCUGGGAGAGAUCUUUCUGGAGUCCAUUUUGCCAUGGAGUUUCUUCAUGCAAAUACAAAAAGCCUUCUUGAUAGCAAUCUUCAGGAUGGAAAGUACAUUUCUGCCAAGGGAAAGAAAGUAGUGGUGAUUGGUGGAGGUGACACUGGCACUGACUGUAUCGGGACAUCAAUCAGACAUGGGUGCACCAGCAUUGUAAAUCUAGAACUUCUCCCUAAACCACCAGCUACCAGGGCCCCAGGCAACCCUUGGCCUCAGUGGCCACGGGUAUUCCGUGUAGAUUAUGGGCAUCAAGAAGCUGCUACCAAGUUUGGUUGGGACCCAAGGUCUUAUGAAGUGUUGACAAAACGUUUUAUUGGAGAUGAGAAAGGAACAUUAAAAGGACUUGAGGUUGUGCGAGUCAGUUGGGAGAAGGAUGCCAGUGGAAGGUUCCAAUUCAAGGAAGUUGAAGGUUCUGAAGAAAUUAUUGAAGCUGAUUUAGUCCUGCUCGCAAUGGGAUUUCUGGGUCCUGAAGAGGCGGUCGCUGGCAAACUUGGAGUGGACAAAGACAACCGAUCAAACUUCAAAGCUGACUACGGUCGCUUCUCAACCAAUGUUGAAGGUGUCUUUGCUGCUGGGGAUUGCCGACGCGGACAGUCACUGGUGGUCUGGGCAAUAUCUGAAGGCAGGCAAGCAGCUGCACGGGUUGACCAAUAUCUCCUUGGAGAUGAGAAUGACGGCACUGAUGGACAGGAUGGACUCACAAAGCAGCAGCAAGACAACAGGAGGCAAGCUGUGAAGACAUAGUCUGCUUGGGAUAUGCAAUAAAGCUGAACUGUGUUGUCGGAAAGCAGCUAGUUGGAGUGGUUGCUCUAUGAAUUCAGAACUGCAGAUGAUCCAAACCAACCAGAACAGAUUCCAAGGGAUGGGGUUUUGAAGGGGAGGAGGAGGAAUGCUUAUGCAGUGGUGUUUAUAAGUUGGGUUGGUGUUGAAAGUGCUGGCAGACUAUGCCAAGCUUUAUGGAAUGAACAAUAUUGUACAGGUUCUCUUAUCUUUUAAGCAGUAAUCUAUCAUCAA